AUGGCUUUCAACUUCACCUUGCCCCUGCGCAUUGUGCAGGCCGUCUUCACCAUCGUCGUGCUCGGACUGACCGCAUAUGUCUGCGACUGGUGGACCACCCACUGGCACGCCAACUCGCCGACCGAGAUCAACUACCUCAUCUUCGUCGCCGUCUGGACCAUCCUGGCCCUGGCCUACCUGAUCGUCGCCCCCGCGCGCUUCCCCGCCGCCGCCCACAAGUUCGCCAUGCUCGGCGUCGAGGCCCUCACCAUGCUCUUCUGGUUCGCCGGCUUCAUCGCCCUGGCCGUGUGGCUCGACGACCGCGUGUGCUUCGGCAGCGUGUGCGCCAGCGCAAAGGCCGCCACCGUCUUCGCCGCCUUCGAGUGGUUCGUCUUCGCCGCCACCACCGUGCUGGCCGCCUUGCACGUGUGGAAGACGCGCAACACGAACAACUCCGAGGCCGCGCCUGAGAUGCAGAUGAACGUCUAG